AUGCCCACUAUCUUCAAACAUAAUAGUAAUAUCCUACCAUCAAACUCCCCAUGUGAAGACAGACGGAGUGCUGCAACGUGUCUACAGAGCCGAAGCAUGCUGUUUGGAGUGUUUGAUGGCCACGCAGGUUCUGCUUGUGCACAAGCAGUUAGUGAACACCUCUUUUACUAUAUAGCCGUGUCUCUGUUUCCAUUGAAGACUUUAACCGAGAUAGAAUAGGCUGUGGAGAGUGAAAGGCCUGUACUUCCGGUGCUAGAUAAGAACUGCAUAAGGAUGAUGACAGAUAUACAAACAGCUUUAAGAAAUGCUUUCAAGAGACUGGAUAACGAUAUUUCCUUGGAGGCCCAGGUGGACUUUGGGGUUCCUUUUACUAAUUUCACACCCCUCAGAGUGGCUCUGUCUGGAUGCACGGCUUGUGUGGCCCACGAGGACCGAGAAAAUCUUCAUAUGGCCAAUCUGGGUGACAGCAGAGCAGUGCUCGGGGUACAAGGGGAUGAUUGGAGGUGGUCAGCUCUCACUGUUACCAAUGACCACAAUUCCCACAACCCAGAUGAGAUGUAACGGGUUCAUUCAGAACAUCCUGCUUCUGAGUGGAAGACAGUGGUAAAACAUGACCAGUUAUUGGGCCUGUUGAUUCCUUUCAGGGGUUUUGGAGACAUGAAGUUCAAGUGGAAUGAAGAGCUCUUGAACCUCAUCUACGAGGCACGUCCAGAGCUGCUGAUCGGGAACGAAAAUGCAAAAAUGCUGCUACCGAACUACCACACACCACCUUACCUCAUAGCAGAUCCAGAAAUUACAUAUCACAAAUUGCGACCACAAGAUACAUUUUUGAUUUUAGCUACUGAUGGUCUCUGGGAACUGAUGCACAGGCAGACUGUGGUGCAGGUCUUGGGGGAACAUCUGUCUGACAUGCAGUGGAAGAAGCCAGUUUCUGGACUUUGUUUUACAGUGGGGCAGAUGCAUAGACUGCUGCAAGAGAGGGAGAGUAGAGCUUUUUCUGCUCUGGAGGAUGAGAACAGUGCUACUCAUCUGAUCCAUCACGCUCUGGGUAGCGAUGGCUGCGGCUCCCUUGAACCCAAGUGCAUGGCAAAAAUGCUCAGUCUGCCACAGGAUUUAGCAAGGAUGUAUAGAGAUGACAUAACAAUUAUAGUCAUCCACUUAAUUAGUCAUCCACCAUUUAAUGUAUACUCUUAA